AUGACCAAGCUCGGCCUCGAGGCCAAAGACCUGGAGCCAACCCAGACGAUCUUCCACGGUAUCGUUCCCGACCUCUCCUGCUCUCCGAUCGGCCAGAUCCGGCUCAACGUCCUCGCGUACCACGCGCUGCUGGGCCGGCCCGCACUCGCCAAGUUUAUGGCGGUCCCCCACUAUGCCUACCUGAAGAUGAAGUUGCCGGGACCGAAGGGCCUCAUCACCAUCACCGGCGACUACCGCAAGUCCCUGGAGAGCGCCCGAGACGGCGGCAAACUGGCCGAGUCACUGGUCAUAGCCGAGGAGCGGCGCCAGCUCGACCGGAUCUUCGCCCUGGCCAACGAGACGUCGGCCGUGCCGAUCUUGGCCGAGGAGCCGGCCGACGAGGCCUCGUUCAAGCCCUCCAAGGAGACCAAGAAAGUAAAGCUGCACCCGGAAGACCCCAGCUGCAGCAAGUACGUUGUCGUAGGCACCUGCCUCGACAGCAAAUAG